AAAAACAAAAAAAUUUAUUUUUUAUACUAGACACUAGCUAAAGACGCACGCUUCGUGCGUGCUAUCUAAUUUUUUAUUUUUUACAUUUUGAAAAUAAACUACAAUGAUAAUUGUAUAGAUUACUAUCUAUACAAAUUUGACAGCUGUCAAAAUUUGAUUGCAGUGACAGUUAUUUUCGCAACACAAUCUAAGCGAAAAAACCAAUAAACAUCGCGAAAAAGAAGUUUUAUUACAUGACUUUUAAGAUAGGAUUCUUUAUAUCUGUUUAAUUAUCGUAUUUUAACAUGUUAUUUCUUAAUUAUCAAUGUUUACAUAAAUUUAUCAGUAUUAUCAGAAUAAUAAAAAGAUUUGUAUAUAAAUAUAAAUAUAAAAUAUUUUUUACAUGCAAUUCAAGAACUGAAAAGAAACGAGAUUAAAAAUUGAACCUGAUUAUAACAGUCACACUACCACAAAAAUGUUUGUUACUAUAUUAUUAUUAUUAUUAUUAUUAUUACUUAUUCUUAUUGUGGCGUAUCAUUAUUAUGUGCAAUAUCGACGGUUAAUCAAUAAAAUACCAGGCCAUAUAGGGAUCUCACCUAUUAUAUUACUAAACCUAAUUUCACAAGCGGAAAUUUUUAAACUUUUAAAUAAUUAUACUAACGUGUAUUAUCCGGUUAGUAAAUUAGUGGACUUCUUCUUUAUGCUUAUGGUAUCUAUUCGUCAUCCCGAUGACUUACAGGUAAUAUUGAGCGGAACUAAACAUUUAGAAAAAAGUGUGCAAUAUAAUAUAUUGCAUCCAUGGUUUGGUAUGAAUGUUCUUACCAAAAUAGGUUCUGCAUGGCAAUCACGGCGAAAAGUAUUAACUCCUGUAUUCCAUUUUAAUAUAUUACAGCAAUUUACUGAAAUUUUAAUCAAAGAGGGCAAAAGCAUGACAAAAUCUUUAAAGAAUACAGAAGGAAUUAUUACAAAAGAUUUAAUACCGUUUAUUAGCGAACAUACAUUGAAUGCAAUAUGUGAAACUGCCAUGGGGAUUUCUCUGCAAGAAAUGGGUUUAUUUCAGCAACAGUAUCUGAAAGCAAUUCAUCAAAUAAUUGAACUUUUAAAUUAUAGAUUAUUAAGACUGUGGCUGUUUAGCAAUUGGAUAUUCUCGUUAACGUCAAAAGGCAGAGAGCAAACAAAGAUCUUGAAGAUAUUUCACGGAUUUAUUGAGAAAAUUAUUGCAGAGAGAAAAGUUUACCAUAAACACCAUAAACAAUACUUCAGGAAUUUUAGCAAAGUGGCAAUUGAUGCAGAGACUAUUGAAAUGGAUAAAAAACCGCUCGCUAUGUUGGAUCUUUUAAUAUUGGCGUCUCAAGAGGGUCUUUUAACUGAUUCCGAUAUUAAAGAGGAAAUCAGUUAUUUUAUAAUUAAGGGUACUUUUACAGCAGUAGCUAUAUCCUAUACCUUAGCACUGCUGGCCGAACAUAAAAAUAUCCAGGAUUGUGUCAGAAAAGAAAUUGAUGAUACUAUGAAAGAGAAUCAAGGAAAACUUACUAAAUCGUUGCAAGAUCUACAUUAUUUAGAGAGAUGUAUUAAAGAAGCGUUGCGUUUAUAUCCGAUUAAUUCUUGGCUAGCACGAGUUACUUCGACAGAAGCACAAUUAAAAUCAUGUUUAUUACCUACCGGAACAAUAGUGCUGCUUAAUAUUUGCGGUGUUCACAGAGACUCUAACUUUUGGCCAAAUCCAGAAAUAUUUGACCCAGAUAGAUUUUUACCUGAGAAUAUCCGAAAUCGUCACCCUUACUCCUAUAUACCAUUCAGUGCUGGACCACGUAAUUGCAUUGGUCUACAAUUUGCUAUGCUGGAGAUGAAAGCAAUAAUAGCUUCUCUAAUUCACAAUUUUUACUUGGAACCCGUUGAUUACUUAAAGAAUCUACGAGUAGAAUUUGAUUUUUUCCAUCGCCCUCUUGAUCCGCAUCGCAUAAAUUUUAUUCCAAGACGCAUAUAAGCAUUUAAAAACAAUUUAAAUUCCAAGAAAUGACAAUUGCAUUGUGUAUAAAAAUGAAGAAAAUUAACAUGCAUAUUAUAUGUAUUUAUAGAUACACAUCAAUAAUUAAAAUAAUAUAUAU